AGCAUGCUCAAUUUCAAAAGACGGAGGCAGAGCCUCUUCCCCAAUUACAAGCUUGGGGGCUCGGACUCCACUGCCAGAGAGGAGGAUCAAACUUUGCCAUUCGCCAAGGAAAGCCUGGUGAAGCAAUGGAACUCCAUGCAGGACCUAAGUGUGGACAUCUACGAUGUCUUUGCUGAGGACGACGAUGAGGAUGAGAAGAUGCCCGUGUCGCCGUUGAGGCUUAUGUCCUCCCCUCAAAAGAACUACAUGCUCAACAUCAAUGUGGGGGGCAAGGUCUAUCAGAUGUCCUACAGGGUUGCAGCCAAGUACCCGAAGACCAGGAUUGGACGGCUGGCCACGUAUACCGACCACAACAGGAAGCUGGAUCUCUGUGACGACUACAUUGUCCAGAACAACGAGUACUUCUUCGACAGAGACCCUGAUGUUUUCCACAACAUCUUUACCUUCUACAGGACUGGGGUGCUCUGGAUUAAAGAUGAGCUGUGUCCCCGCAACUUCCUGGAGGAGAUCAACUACUGGGGCGUCCGGAUCAAGAACACGCACCGCUGCUGCAGGAUCUCCUUCGAGGAGCGCCAGGACGAGCUGAAUGAGCAGCUGAAGGUCCAGAGGGAGCUGCAGGCGGAGGUGGAGAUGGAGGAGAACGAGGAGCUGUUCCGCGACAUGGCCAUGGGCCACACCCGUCGGGUCAUCUGGAACCUGAUGGAGAAGCCCUUCUCCUCGGUCACCGCCAAGCUCAUGGCAGUGGCUUCCAGCUUCUUUGUCCUGGUGUCCCUGGUGGCCAUGACCAUGAACACGGUGGAGGAGAUGCAGUACAAGACGCACGCGGGCCAGCUGAGCGGGAAGACCUACGGGGAGUACGUGGAGACCUUCUGCAUCGCCUUCUUCACCAUGGAGUACCUGUUGCGGCUGGUGUCCACGCCCGACCUCAAGCGCUUUGGCAGGAGCGUGCUGAACGCCGUGGACCUGAUCGCCAUCCUCCCGCUCUACCUGCAGCUGAUCCUGGAGUGCUUCGAGAACGACGACUACGGGAAGCACACGGACAUUGAGACGGUGGGGCGGGUGGGCAAGCUGGGGCAGGUGCUCCGCAUCAUGCGUCUGAUGCGCAUCUUCCGCAUCCUGAAGCUGGCGCGCCACUCCACAGGCCUGCGAGCAUUCGGCUUCACUCUGCGCCAGUGCUACCAGCAGGUGGGCUGCCUCUUCCUCUUCAUCGCCAUGGGCAUCUUCACCUUCUCGGCCAUGGUCUACACGGUGGAGCAUGAUGUCCACCACACCAACUUCACCAGCAUCCCCCAUGCCUGGUGGUGGGCAGCUGUCAGCAUCUCCACUGUGGGCUAUGGCGACAUGUUCCCAGAGACACACCUGGGCCGGCUCUUCGCUUUUGCCUGCAUCUCCUUUGGGAUCAUUUUGAACGGCAUGCCCAUUUCCAUCCUCUACAACAAGUUCUCAGACUACUACACCAAGCUCAAGGCCCACGAGUACACCUCCAACCUGAAGAACCGUGGGAAAGUGAGGUUCACCAAGAGGGCAGUCAAAAAGUUUACAGAGAUAUGUGAACAACCCAAGUGCUCAGAGCACAACCACCCAUCCAUAGAAAUUGACAGCUGAGACACGAGAAUGACUCGAUUUGA